AUGGCCCUCAUUCUCUCACUUCAAUGUAUAUUACUAGUAAAUUUUGUGUUCAUUCCUCUGGGCAUGCCUUUCACAGUCAUCAUGUCAGACUCCGGCGUCCCGUCCGCCUUGGUCGAUGCACCGCAAACUGGGUUUUCAAUGAACAAGAAUGGAGCCCGAACCGAUGCCCAUGAACAAGAAGCGGUCUACGACAUCAUGAGGGCCACAGGAAAUGAAUGGGCCACUGAUAUUCCCGACGUUUGUCGUGGCCGGUGGCACGGUAUAGAGUGCAUGCCGGACAAGGACAAUGUCUACCACGUCGUGUCACUAUCAUUCGGAUCUCUAUCCGAUGACACGACAUUCCCUACGUGUGAGCCAAAUCAAUCUUUCAUUUCACCUUCUAUCACUAAACUCUCACAUAUUAGAACUCUUUUUUUCUAUCGUUGUUUCAGUUACAACCCACAACCCAUCCCAACAUUUUUGGCCCGUUUGGGGCCCACUCUACAUACCCUAGUUCUUAGGGAGAAUGGGCAUGUAGGGCCUAUACCAACUGAACUUGGCAAUCUGACCCGUUUAAAAGUCCUUGAUCUUCAUAAAAACAAUCUCAACGGUUCAAUACCGGCUUCACUGGGUCGGAUCACCGGUCUAAGGUCGUUAGACUUGAGCUGCAACAAACUAACCGGUUCAAUUCCCACUCUAAUUUUCCCUCUUUUGAAUGUGCUAGACCUCAACCAAAAUCACCUCGUCGGAUCAAUUCCAUCCACCCUUGGAAGCUGUGAUUCUCUGAUGAAGAUUGACUUCAGCCGGAAUCGUCUCUCCGGUUCAAUAUCAGAUUCGAUCCAUGACCUGAAAAAUUUAAUUCUCAUGGAUUUAAGCUAUAACAGCCUCUCCGAUCCACUUCCAGUAUCUCUCAAAAGCUUGACUUCUCUCCAAGCUUUGAUUCUCAAUGGCAAUUCAAUGGUGUCCUCAACAAUUCCAAGUGAUGGGUUUGAUGGCUUGAAAGAUCUAAUGAUCUUAGUUCUCUCAGACAUGAACUUGCAAGGACCCAUACCUGAAUCACUAGCCCGAUUACCGAACCUUCGUGUCCUUCAUCUUGAUAGGAAUAAUUUGAAUGGUUCAAUUCCAGCAAGCUUUCGAGAACUGAACAACCUUAGUGAGUUUAGACUCAAUAAUAAUCGUCUAAGCGGGCGUGUACCAUUUAGGAGAGAAAUGGUUUGGAGAAUGAGAAGUAAACUAAAGCUUCACAACAAUGCUGGACUAUGCUACGAUGCAAGCAAUGGUUUUGGAGGUGAUCUGGAUUCGUUAUUCGAUUUGGGUAUCGAACGCUGUGAGACGGCAAAACCCGGACCAGCAAGAACAGUGCAGCAUUUUUCCACAGUUAAUGGAAAUAUCACAAGAUCGUCAAUGAAUAAAUCAUCUUCAACAGUUCAUAAAUCUUCACUUUCUGGCAGGUUGCUUUAUUUAACCACCCUUCUUCUGUUUAUAGUGUCUUUGUUGUGACUGACAGAAUCUACAAGUAACUAGGAAGCUUUGUAAAGUCAAAUGUUUUGUAUCAGAAAAGCAAAUUUGAAUUUGUUAAAUCUACAGAUAGUGUUGUAUCAGAAAAACUAACUGUAGGAAGAUUUCAAGUUUCUAUAUGAGCAUGUUUAGUUGAGGGAUUAGGAGAUUGGAUUGUAUUAAUUUAAUUCCGUGAUGAU